CUUGCAAGGUAAGAAUGGCGGUUCUUUGCGGCAAGACUGGACUUCAGGACCCUAAUCCUUCGCCAUCCGAACCUGGAAGGCAUCAAGUCAACACCUACAGGGGGUCGGACGUGUCCAUGGCCAACUGAGAGGCCUCCGAGACACUUCAUUUCUUUCCAUUGGGUUUGCGGCGGGGAAUGGAGAGGAUGGCGGGUGAAAAAGUUGAAAAGCCGGAUACUAAAGAGAAAAAACCUGAAGCCAAGAAGGCUGAUGCCGGUGGCAAAGGGAAAAAGGCUAACCUCAAGACUAAAAAGGUUAAGAAGGGGAAGCCCCACUGCAGCCGAAAUCCUGUUCUCGUCAGAGGAAUCGGCAGAUAUUCCCGAUCUGCCAUGUACUCUCGGAAGGCCAUGUACAAGAGGAAAUACUCAGUGGCUAAAUCCAAGGUUGAAAAGAAAAAGAAGGAGAAGGUCCUUGCCACUGUUACAAAACCAGUUGGUGGUGACAAGAAUGGUGGCACUCGGGUGGUUAAACUUCGCAAAAUGCCUAGAUAUUAUCCAACCGAAGAUGUGCCUCGAAAGCUGUUGAGCCAUGGCAAAAAACCGUUUAGCCAACAUGUGCGGAGACUGCGAGCUAGCAUCACUCCCGGGACCAUCCUCAUCAUCCUCACCGGACGCCACAGAGGCAAGAGGGUGGUUUUCCUGAAGCAACUGGGCAGUGGCUUGUUACUUGUGACUGGACCUCUGUCCCUCAAUCGAGUUCCUCUGCGAAGGACACACCAGAAAUUUGUCAUUGCCACCUCCACAAAAAUUGAUAUCAGCAGUGUGAAAAUCCCUAAGCAUCUCACUGAUGCUUACUUCAAGAAGAAGAAGCUGCGGAAGCCCAGACACCAGGAGGGUGAGAUCUUCGACACAGAAAAAGAGAAAUACGAGAUUACAGAACAGCGCAAAGUGGAUCAGAAAGCUGUGGACUCCCAAAUUUUACCGAAAAUCAAGGCUGUUCCUCAGCUCCAGGGUUAUCUGCGAUCUCUCUUUGCUCUGACAAAUGGAAUUUAUCCUCACAAAUUGGUAUUCUAAAUUUUUACAAAGAACCUAAUUAAAUAACUGAAAGAUA